UUCCGGCUUCUCCGCCUUAGUUCGGAGGUGCUGCUGGUGGCGGGUUGCGAGUGGCGAAGCUGGAGGGACGUAGCCAUGACUGAGGCUGAUGUAAAUCCGAAAGCCUACCCCCUUGCGGACGCCCACCUCACCAAGAAGCUCCUGGACCUGGUCCAGCAGUCGUGUAACUACAAGCAGCUUCGGAAAGGAGCCAACGAGGCCACCAAGACCCUCAACAGGGGCAUCUCGGAGUUCAUUGUGAUGGCAGCGGACGCCGAGCCCCUGGAGAUCAUCCUGCACCUCCCGCUGCUGUGUGAAGACAAGAACGUGCCCUACGUGUUUGUGCGCUCCAAGCAGGCCCUGGGCCGGGCCUGCGGGGUCUCCAGACCCGUCAUCGCCUGCUCCGUCACCAUCAAAGAGGGCUCCCAGCUGAAGCAGCAGAUCCAGUCCAUCCAGCAGUCCAUUGAGAGGCUCCUGGUGUGAGGCCCCGGCUCCCCCACGCCCCCGAUGCCCCAGGUUGUGUCGUAGCGUCCGUGUUGGUGUCUAGCAUUUCCAGUUGCUUUCUGUUAUAAAGUAUUGUAGUAUUACA